UACACAGAUGCCUCCACAAGUACCGACUCACACCGUCUUAGACCUGAUCGAGGCAGCUUACUGGGAAUAACCUGCCAGAGAGGAUAAAGUGGAGCACUGUGGAUAUUUAAUAUUCUUCCUUUUUGGAGUUUUUACAUUUAAUUAUUUUAACCUUUCUAGAACAAAUAACCUUAAACAGGAUUUAGGCCCGAGCUCUUGAACUCAUUGGUGUUUUUUUUUUUCUUCUUCUUCUUCUUCUUCUUUUUUUUUUUUUUUAUUAAGACGCACCUGCUUCAGGAGGAAACACGCACAGGACGCGAGGGGGGAGCUUUCCUUUAAAAAAAAAAAAAAAAGACCAAACUAUCAGCUCAUCGAUUUAAUAAUCGUCCAGUAAGAGGACGACAGUGUGUGAGUGGAGUAUGGCCUGAUUGUUUUUUUGUUUUGUUUUUUGUGGUUUUUUGGUUUUUACGCAACAAACUUUGUGUCUGGACGCAGUUGGAGGUGCGCGUAAACGCACCGUGACGCGUAAAACUGAGAGAAAAGUACAAAUCUCAUCAUCAUCAUCAUCAUUAUCAUCAUCAUCGCUGCUGCUGCUGCUGCUGCUGCUCUCGCCUGUGAGGGGAAGUGUGGCCGCUGUCCGGACUGUUAACAGGAGCUGAGUUAACAGCAGCUGUCAAACUCAUGAGACCCUCCUGCCCCUCGGGCCAGUGGGAGCUGCGCCGCUGAGGUCUCCACUGCGCAUGUCAGAGCGCUGGACGGCGACCAGAGAGGGAAAUUUAAAAACGGUUUUCUGGGAGAAUCAAGUGCAACACAGUGAAAUACAGUAGAGGGGCUCUCGACCUGCAGACAACACACUCCAGUAUCAUCCAAAACAGGUACCACACAUCCCAGGAAAUGAUAGAAGGUGGAAUUACAUCCAGGAUGUCAGGAAUAAUUGAGAAUGCUGGGCAUCAUCCGUCCCCACAGGACUACAGGCUUCUGACCACGGACCCCUCCCAGCUGAGGGAGGAGGACCUCCCCGGGGACCUGCAGUCUCUGUCAUGGCUCACCUCUGUGGAUGUGCCCCGGCUACAGCAGAUGGCUGACAGCCGAGGCCACAGUAACGGGCCCUCCCAGGGCAGCAGCCUGCUGGAGCAACAGACAGCUCAGCUGAACAACAUGACGAUGUCAGCUGGUCAAGGCUCCAUGCUUCACCUCCAGAGCAACAUGCAGCACAGUCCUCUGGGCAUCAGCAUCGUCAACACCCACAGCGGGAGCAUGUCUCCGUUCUCCAUGAACGGGAUGCCUUCUCCAGGAUACCAGUGUCCUACCUCAGUCUACCAGCCGACACCCCAGCAGGUGUACUCACUAACCCAAACUGGACAACAGUGUUCAACCGGUGGGCUUUAUAGCAAUGUCUCUUUCAACAACCAAAGUCUAUUCACACAACCUCGCCUGGCUCCGCAAGACCAAGAGCUGCAGCCCAAGUCUUUCCCCAAGCCAAUCUAUUCCUACAGCUGUUUGAUUGCCAUGGCCCUGAAGAACAGCAAAACUGGCAGCCUUCCAGUCAGCGAGAUCUAUAGCUUUAUGAAGGAACACUUUCCUUAUUUCAAGACUGCACCUGAUGGAUGGAAGAACUCAGUCAGACACAACCUGUCCUUAAACAAAUGCUUUGAGAAAGUGGAGAACAAGACGAGCAGCUCGUCCCGUAAGGGCUGUCUGUGGGCGCUGAACCCUGCCAAAAUUGACAAGAUGGAGGAAGAGAUGCAGAAAUGGAAACGCAAGGACCUCCCGGCCAUCCGUCGCAGCAUGGCGAACCCCGAUGAGUUGGACAAGCUGAUCACAGAUCGCCCAGAGAACUGCAGACGUAAGCCUCUAGAGCCCGGCAUGACCCGGCUGCCCGGCUGUCCGACUGGCCUCCCGCUGCCCGUUCCGGCUCAGAUGCAGCCUCAGCCUAUAGUCACGCUGUCCCUGCCCUGUUUGCCCAUGCACCAGCACCACCAGCUCCAGGCACAGCUCCAGGCUCAGGCCCGUCUGGCUCCCAUGUCCCCUGCCCCGGCACAGACGCCUCCCCUCCACACAGUCCCCGACCUCUCUCACAGUCCGCUCACCCAGCAGUCUGGCAAGCCACCGGAUGAUUUCUACAGUGUGCACGGUGACACACACACAGAGGUGGACGCGCUGGACCCUAGCAUCAUGGACUUUGCCCUUCAAGGUAAUCUGUGGGAGGAAAUGAAGGACGACAGCUUUAACCUGGAUGCUUUGGGCACCUUCAGUAACUCCCCCCUCCGACUAUCAGACUGUGACUUGGGAACGGCCAACCUCCCUCCCGUCUCCGCCGGAGCAAACAUGCCACUGGCGGACGUGCAAGUAACGGGCCUCUACACCUCCUACGCCUCCCAGGAUCACCUGUCCUCCCAGUACAUGGUCACACAGGCCAACAGCAAGCCCAUCGCCCUGUUAUAAAGCAGCUGAAACCUCCAACAGAGUCGAUAUGAUUUACUCGACUGUGUGCUUGGACGUCUGUGGGCACCGUCUGAAUUUCUCGUGUGAGAACGCAAAUCACACUGCUUUCCGUCAGUCAGCUGGGAGCUGCUUGGAGAUUUCAAAAUCACUUCAGUCCGCAAGAAAAAUUAACGCUCAUUAAGAACUAAAAAAAAAACUGUUGAAAGAAAGAAGUAUGUGAGACUUAAGAUAUCUAGCUUUGCCAAGCAAAGACUCAAAGCCUGUAUGAGGACAAAAACUCUGUGGAGAUGUAAGAAGUUAGCGUCCGCCAGUUUUUUCUACUGUUCACUCUGCGUUUUAAAACCUUCCAUUCUGUAGCUCCCCGUCUCUUGUUUGUUGUAUUGUGCUAGACAUUAUUGCUGUGAUGUUUUAUUUAUAUUUAUAAAAAGGCAGCUGGAGAAGGUGAUGACUCGAUCAAUCCUUUGCUGUAUAUAUUUGAAUGUUCGCCACAGAAAAGCUUUUCUUUCGACUGUCUUUACCCACUCCGUCCCAAAACGCAGCCGCGUGCCAACACUUUACACAUUAUUCUUUUACACACUGUGAUUAACGUGUCUCAAAGUCAGAUGUGUAUUAUGUUCAUUAACUUGAUCAUAAUAAAAAUCAAAAAGGGUAAAUAAAAGAAGUUUCUUUUGCCAAAAAAAAUAUAUCUCAAUGACAUUUAUUAACAGGCCUUGGUGGAAGACAAACAAAAGAGUUUCUUUUAUACAUUCAAUGAUAUUUGGUGUCUGGUGUUACGUAGACAGUCACUUUGGCAUUUAGUGUCCGACCUGAGUUUUAAGAAUUACUGCAUUAUAUUCAAGACAAACCGACAAACAUGAAAAACAAAAAAACAGUUCAGAAGUGUCUCAUACAGUGUCACAGUCUCUCCUUUCAUUCACAACCUUGUCUUUGCUCAACAUGAACAGAGUGAUGAUGAAACGAUGGACGGCUGAGUCCAGUGAAAUGACAAAACCACACUUAGAAAAAAAACAAAGCUAAAUCUGCUUAUCUGCAUUUCAGUGUUACAAUACUGGUAAACAAUUCAUAAAUUCAUCAACGCAGAAAUGAAAAAUUAUUGACUUGAUUUCAUUUUUUUUGGUGUGUGUUUAUCAAUGUGAUUAUGUUUUCUGUUUUACUUGAAAACUGAUCAAAGAACUGAUCAGCCGUCUGAGCUACAUUCAAAGAUGAACACACACAUGUUUUACUUAAUAACACUCAACUGAAAAUGACAACCAGCACCUGAAUACGAAGCCUCUGACUUCAUGAACCUCGAACGACUCUGGCCUCAGUAGACUGCACAGAGCCUAGUUAAAAGGCUAAUUUAACACUGAUACACCUUUAUGUACAGAUACAGUCAAGUGAAAUGUGCACAGUGGUUGUUUGUGAACCCGAAAGUUCCCAAACUAAGCAGCUGAAGACAAACUCUCUGCCUGUGAGUCGACAGUGGGACGGAUUAUCACGCCAUUGGAUGCCAGUGAGUGCAACAGACCUGCAGAUGUGACCGCUGAGGAACAGCUCGCUCUGUUUGUGCUUUAAUGCAAACAACUGUCCAAUUAAUUAUAUAUAUGUAUAU